AUGUCCUUCAAGCCCAUCAAGUCCGCCGUGCUGGGCGUCGGCCUCGGCGGCCUCACCUUUCAUAUCCCCUUCGUCCUCGCCCUCCCUCGGUACUUCAAGCUCUACGCCGUACUCGAGCGCCACCCUGCCGGCCCUGGAGGUAAGCUCGCAGCCCGCUUCGGUGCCCAAGCCGCAGAAGGCGUCAAGAUCUACCGCACAUACACCGACCUCCUCGCCGACCCCGAGAUUGAGCUCAUCUUCAUCAGUACGCCCAGCGAGACCCAUUUCGCGCUCGCUCGACAGGCGCUGCAAGCCGGGAAACACGUGCUCGUCGACAAGCCCGUGACGGCAACCGCCGCGGAGGCUUACGAGCUCGGCGCGCUCGCCAAGUCCAAGGGUGUCGUCCUCUACCCCUUCCAGAACCGCCGUUGGGACUCCGACUUCUUCGCCCUCCGCAAGCUGCUCGCUCUCCCCCCGAGUGACCCGAAGUCCCUCGGCACACUCGUCGAGUUCGAGUCGCGCUUCGACCGCUACCGCGCAUCGCUGAAGAACACGUGGAAGGACCUGCCCCUUCCCGCGAACGGGCUCACGUAUGAUCUCGGCGCCCACUUGAUCGACCAGGUGCUCCUCCUCUUCGGCCGUCCCGCGAAGCUCACCGCCAUAAUCGAGAACAUCCGCGGCCUCGGGCAUCCCGAGGUUGACGAUUGCUUCACGAUCCUCAUGCACUACCCGCCGCGCCCGGCGACAUCUGACCUGCACCCGACGUCCUUCACCGCGAUUCUGCGCGGGCAUAUUCUCUCCGUGCGCGCCCCACAGGUGCGCUACGUCGUGCGCGGCACGACGGGCACUUUCGUCAAGUUCGGCGUCGACGUGCAGGAAGACCAGCUGCGCGUUAUGCAGAGCCCGUCCGAGAUCGUCGCCAGCACGACGUACGGGCUCGAACCCAAGACGAUCUGGGGCACAGUGGAGAACCUCGCGCCGAGCGGCGAUGUCGUCAAGUCCACAUGGCCGUCGCUCGAGAGCGGCAGCUACUCCGGGCUGUUUGUGAACCUCGCGGAGGUGAUCCGCGAGGACAAGGAGCAGGCGGUCAAGUGGGUCGAGUCUGCGGAAGUUAUCGAGAUGAUCGAGCUGGCGUACAAGAGCGCGAAGGAGGAGCGCACGCUCGUCGUGCCCCCACGGCCCUGA